AUAACAGAUAUUGUGUGACAUAUGCAGAGUUUUAGGAGAUGAGAAUUAAUCAUGCCACUUAACAUUGUACAAACCUGCAUCGCAUCAAUGGCGGGAAGCUUGCCGUGGAUGUGUGUGUGAGUGUAGCUGAAAGCACCUGGAAUUGUGUCAGACUAGAUGAAAACACCCAUCAUAGUGUGACACUUGACAGGAGCAAUAUCCAGUCAUUCAGAUGUAAUCAAGAGUGGUAUGAUGCCUAGUGGGAGAACUCAUUACAGGAAGUCCAUCAAGUUCAACCUUUUGUAAGAUAUUAUUGAUCCGGAGGCAGCCACAUACCCCAACCAUCACCACCAAUGUACUUCAUGAAUCCCACAGGGUUUAAUCCGUAGAUCUAUUUAAAUGUGUCUCAAAAAGUAUGUCCAAUGUAAUAUCACAUAACCUAAUGCUUGAAACAUAUUAACAUCUGAUAAUAAACAACCAAUAAUAUAAGAAAUUAGAUUAGUUCCUAUAUUAUUGGUCACUGCUAGUGGAAGAUGACGAAAAAUGGUUUAUUAACAUGGAAAAUUCAGAAUUUGUUACACAAUAUAUAAAAAAAACUUUAUUCGAUUGACUGAUUUUUGCUUGCUCUCUUACAGGAAUAUUUAAUUUCCGUUGAAUUGACCAGUAGCUCCCUAAAAAUUAUACUUCUGAAGAAUAAUGCUCUGCUUGAUGUAAUCAGACUGGGCAAAUUAUGACAUCACCAUCUAAAGGCAUAAUCCGACCAUUUUUAGUUAUCAGCAUUGUGUUGAUCUGUUUCAUGGUAUGUUUACUGAUAUAUGUGAAACCUACAAAUAACUGGAUCUCCAGUCCUAUUGAAUCAGCUAAUUCGGUUCUUAAAAUGAAGAAUUUUUUCUCAUCUAAAAGGGAUUAUUACAACGAUACCAUCAUUCUUAUUUGGGUGUGGCCUUUUGGACAAACUUUUGAACUCACAUCUUGCAAGACUUUAUUUAAUAUACAUGGGUGCCAUUUAACGACUGACCGCACACUGUACAACAAGUCCCAUGCAGUCCUAAUACACCAUAGAGAUAUAACCUGGGACCUAACAAACCUUCCCCAGCAGCUCAGACCACCAUUCCAGAAAUGGAUUUGGAUGAACUUGGAAUCACCAACUCACACACCACAAAAAACUGGUAUUGAGCACUUAUUUAAUCUGACUUUGACUUACAGGCGUGAUUCAGACAUUCAAGUGCCUUAUGGCUUCAUGGUCGUAAGCACAAAACCUUUUGAGUUUGAAGUGCCAAGCAAAGACAAGCUGGUAUGUUGGAUUGUUAGCAACUGGAACCCAGAACACGCUCGAGUAAAAUAUUAUAAUGAACUCAACAAGUACAUUGAAAUUCUAACUUUUGGUCAAGCUUUUGGAGAAUACUUAAGUGAUAAAAGCCUGAUUCCUACAAUCUCAACUUGUAAAUUUUACCUUUCCUUUGAAAAUUCAAUCCACAAAGAUUACAUAACAGAAAAGCUGUACAAUGCUUUACUGGCUGGAUCAGUACCAGUUGUUUUAGGCCCCCCAAGAGAAAACUACGAGAACUACAUACCUGCGGACUCCUUUAUUCAUGUGGAAGAUUUCCUUUCUCCAAGGGAGCUGGCAGAUUACCUUUUAAUGCUGAAUAAAGACACAGAGCGUUAUCUUGGAUACUUUAGCUGGAGACGACACUUCACGGUGAAUUUGUCUCAUUUCUGGGAAUCCCAUGCGUGUCUAGCAUGUGACCACAUUAAAAGACAUCAGGAAUACAAAUCUGUCAGCAAUCUGGAGAAGUGGUUCUGGAACUAAACCUCUACUUUCUUAUUUGAGCACAUUAAAAAGGUUAUUCACAUUGAGAUAAAUGUGUAGUUUAAAGUUCUCUUGAAUGCAUCAUUUACCAUUCACUUUGUCAGCUCUAAAAUCCCGUUUUCAACAUAAAAAAACAUAUUGCAUUUCAUAACGUGCUACAUGUAGCAGUUCAUAAGCAUACCAAAAGUUA